AUGGGUGGCUCUGCCGACUUGGCGCCUUCCAACAUGACACUGAUGAAGUGCACUGGCGACUUCCUGAAAGACAGCUACUCCGAGAGGAACUUCCGCUUCGGCAUCCGUGAGUUCGGCAUGGGUGCCGUCUGCAAUGCCUUGUCUCUGGACAAGACAGGCAUCAUUCCUUACUGCGCCACCUUCACCAUCUUCACCGACUACAUGCGCUCUGCCAUCCGCCCCUUAGCAUGCUUAUGUUUGACCAGCGUUUGGUCUUGGUGCGUGUCUCGUCGCAGUAGUAUCAAGAAGCGGCACUGCACCAAUAGUCGCAUAAGAGGACGUACCUAUGUGCAUGCAUACACAGGCAAGCUGCAGCGCGUAAGAGUACGACGUCGUAGUUCUCGCCAUUUGUCACGGGUCAGCAGCAAGGGCGUUUCUAUAGCUUGA